AUGGCGUUCAAUAAUGAAGCUUUCACUAUCACUCGCGAACAACUGACCGCUCCCACCGGCCGUACCGCCAUCAUAACUGGCGGCUCUUCUGGCAUUGGCCUGCAAACAGCCCUAAUCCUCCACGACCUGGGCAAUAAUGUAGCUGUUAUCGACCGCACACCACCCUCCACCACCGCACCGGAACCCUCCCGCGCGCCCGCGUCCCUGCUCUCCUCCUCGCGUUUCCUCUUCCAACAAGCCGACAUUACCAACUGGGCAUCUCAGCGUGCCGCCUUUGAGGCUACGCUGCAAAAGUUCAAGCGCAUUGACUUCGUCUAUGUAAACGCCGGCAUCGCCGAGUACCACGACCAGUUCUUCAGCGAAGACACAGAUCCGGCCUCCGGUCUCCUCGCCGAGCCCGACCGCCGUGUCAUCGACAUCGACCUGCAGGCCGCCGAUGACACCGUGCGCCUCGCCAUCCACUACCUGCGCAUGAAUGAGGGUCGACAAGGUGGCAGUAUCGUCAUGACCGCCAGUCUAGCCGGGUACCUGGCCAGUGCAGGCGCACCAUUGUACUCCGCCGCCAAACACGGCGUAGUGGGCCUUAUGCGCGCUCUCAAGAAUGACCUGGCAACGCUAAACAUUUCCAUCAGCGUUGUUGCACCGGGUAUCACCCUGACGCCAAUCAUCAGCGGGCGCAAGCCCGGCCAGAGCUUGCAGAACUGGGCGGUGCAGAUGCGCGAGAGAGGGGUGCCAAUCAACAGCCCGGAGGAGGUAGCGAGGUGUGUAGUAUGGCUGAUGAGCCUGGGGAUGGAGGGCAACGGAAAGGGCAUGCUCGUGCAGGCCGGAAGGACGGCAGAUCUGGAGGCUGGGAUUGCGAAGACAAGGGGGAUGUGGAUGGGCGAAGAGAUGUUGGCUCUGUUCCGUGGCGGCCGGACAGCGCCUUUGUUUCCGAACAAGCUGUAG